AGGAAACAGACCACAGAGCUGCAGUAAGAGGAGGAGCAACACUGGAAAGAGGAGAGAUACAACGUCACACUCCAGAAAUGAAAGUGAAGUUUGUCAGAGUGUCAGCCACGCUGCAGUAGAGACAAGACUCUGUUUCUCUCUGAAAGAAAACUCAAACUGACUUCAUCAGGUCUUUCUCAACAACACAGCAGAGUCUCUGCCAAACACUGAUAUGGCUUCUGCAAACUAUCUGUCAUCUGAAGAUCAGUUUCUGUGCUCCAUCUGUCUGGAUGUGUUCACUGAUCCUGUCGCCAUAUCAUGUGGACACAGCUUCUGCAAAAACUGUAUCACUGAACACUGGAAUACUAAUGACCAGUACCUCUGUCCAAUGUGUAAAAAGGUUUUCAACACAAAACCUGAGCUGCACGUCAACACUUUCAUCUCUGAGAUGGUCGCUCAGUUCAGACAGUCAGCUCAACAGAAAGCCAGCAGCAGCAGCUCAGAGCAACAAGUGUCCAAACCAGGAGAAGUUCCCUGUGACAUCUGCACUGGAACCAAACUGAAGGCUGAGCUGGGGAAGACAGGGGCUGAAAUUCAGCAGAUGAUCCAGAAGAGACGACUGAAGAUUCAGGAGAUCAAACACUCAGUCGACCUCAGUGAGGAAGAUGCAGACAGAGAGAUAGCAGAAGGUGUUCAGGUCUUCACUUCUCUGAAGGAGUCUGUUGAGAGAGGCCUGAAUGAGCUCAUCAACACGAUCAAAGAGAAGCAGAAAACAACAGAAAAACAGGCCGAAGCUUUCAUCAAAGAGCUGGAACAGGAAAUCUCUGAGCUGAUGAAGAGGAGCACUGAGGUGGAGCAGGUGUUACGCUCUGAAGACCACCUCCAUCUUCUCCAGAGUGUCCAGUCCCUAAACCUCCAACAACCUCCACCCACCAAGGACUGGACGCAGGUCAGCGUCCGUCCAUCAUCAUAUGAGGGGACUGUGGUGAAAGCUGUGGUUCAGCUGGAGGAGACACUCAGUAAAGAGAUGAAGAUGUGGCUCGCUGAGUCUGAGCUGAAGAGGGUCCAGCAGUAUGCAGUGGAUGUGACUCUUGAUCCUGAUACAGCACAUCCUAAACUCAUCCUGUCUGAUGAUGGGAAACAAGUGAAUCUUGGUGAUGUGAGUAAGAAUCUCCAAGACAACCAAAAGAGAUUUUCUGAGUGUGCUAGUGUUUUAGGAAAACAGAGUUUCUCUUCAAGCAGAUUUUAUUUUGAGGUUCAAGUUAAAGGAAAGACUGAAUGGACUUUAGGAGUGGCCAGAGAGUCGAUCAACAGGAAGGUAGAAAUCACACUGAACCCCCCAUCUCACUCCUCUCUCUCAAUCCACUCUCUCCCUUCCCACUAUUCCUUCAACUCUCGCACUCCCCGUGUCUUAUACCCCUCUCCCUCCCCUCAGUAUGGUUACUCAAACAACAGGAAGAAAGCAGUCCCACUGAGCCCUCAGAAUGGUUACUGGACUAUAGUGUUGAGAAAUGGAUAUGAGUAUAAAGCUGGUGCUGACCCUCCAGUCCUUCUCUCUCUGAAGUCUCCUCCUCAGAAGGUGGGGGUGUUUGGGGAUUAUGAGGAGGGUCUGGUCUCCUUUUAUGAUGUAGAUGCUGCAGCUCUUAUCUACUCCUUUACUGGCUGCUCCUUCACUGAGAAACUCUUCUCAUUCUUCAAUCCCAGUGACAAUGACGAUUCUGUCCCUCUGAUCAUCUCUCCUGUUAGCAGGGCCUGCUCUAGCCCUUUGGUUGCCCUAGACGAGUUUGAGUUUUGCGAUUGAGUUUUUUGAACGACA